UAUAACCAUGUUAUAUACAAUAUUAAAUCACCAUGCAUAUUUUAGAACAUACAAGGAUUGGAUGAAUAGUGUAGUAAAUUUAAUUAAUCGUAUUUUGAUGGACUUAAGUCAUAAGAAUACAUAUAUUCUGGCGUAUCAGGAUCAGAGUUUCUUUCAGGCAUUUCUCAUUAUCAUCCCCCCCCCCUCCCCCCGAAGCACGUCCACUGGUUUAAAAAAGUAUACAUUUUGUAGAUAAAUUCUUUUUCGUUGAGGAGUUGCGGUAGACGUGCUUCGGGAGGGGGGGGAUAGCAAAAUUGCGUGGAUAAAAGUUUAAUGUAAAAUUGCUCAGUUUUGAAAUAUGUGUGGACUCCUGAAGAAAAGAACCAAAGGUUGGCCUAGAUCUAGAUCUAGUACGAAGUACAAAGUAAUCGAGCAUUGUUCGGUUUGUGUACAAAACAAACUCCAGGGUCGGAAACCGUUUGCAUAUUUUUAAUUUUCUGCAAGCCUACAUUGAAUGAUUCAUUUUUACAUUUGUUGGUGUCAGGGAAAUAAAGUUCAUUAAUCGCAUUAUUAUAAAUUAUUGACAGGUCUACACAAUAGAAUCUACUUCAUAUCUAUAUAUUAUAUUACAUUAGAUCUAUUCUAUAUUUUGAGCGACUCUACAAUCCCAACAGUAGAUGAGUGGUAGUCUAAGACGAGUAAGAAUUAUCCAGUUGAAAAGGGGCAAAUUCACAAAAUUUGACAGUGUUAGCCUUUUACAUAGUUGACUGGUUCCUCUUAUCAUCAUGGUGUUGUUUGUUAUAGUCGGUGGAUAUAUUUUAACUUCCAUGUUACUGUUGAAAUACCCCAAACUUUUUCAUCGAAAAAAAUGCCUCAAGUUUCGAGCUAAACACAUAAGCCAUAGAGGUGGUGCAGCAGAAAGAAUUGAAAACACAAUGGAAGCUUUCAAACAUGCUGUUGAAGUGGGCACAGAUAUGCUGGAGAUAGACUGCCAGCUGACCAAGGAUGACCAGGUGGUUGUGUCACAUGAUGACGUCUUGACGCGGACGUGUGGGGUGGAUGUUUUAAUCUCAGAAACUACCUACAAGGACCUACCACCUAUGAUGAAUGCUGUACCAGUUGACUUCUAUUACUCAUUACAUGGAGAGGGUUGUGACCACAAGAUUCCUCUUCUAGAAGACGUAUUUCGAGAAUUCCCCAACAUGCCCAUUAAUAUUGACAUAAAAGUAGAUAAUGAUUUGCUAAUGAGAAAGGUCAAUGAACUUAUAAUAAAGUAUGACAGAGAAGAGCUCACAGCCUGGGGAAACAGAUCUGAUGAAGUCUGCCAGAAGCUUUAUGCAUUGAAUCCAAAGGUGCCUCUAAUAUUUUCUUUGAAAAGAGUGAUAGUCCUUAUGGUCCUGUUCUGGACUGGGCUGCUACCAUUUGUCCACAUUAAGGAAUCCCUUUUAGAGGUUGUUGUACCUGGAAUCAUGCUGGAUGCAAAUGAAUUGCUACAGCGAGAACUUGGAUCAAAGGCAAAAAUGUUUUUUUGGCUAAUGGACAAACUGUUAAUGAGACCAUCAUUAAUCAAGCAUUUAGAUGAAAGAGGGAUUCAGACGUACUUGUGGGUACUGAACCGUGAAAAAGACUUUGAAAGAGCUUAUCAGCUUGGGGCAGCUGGUGUCAUGUCAGACAGGAUACAGCUCCUCAGGAAUUUCCUGGAUAAAGAACACCCUCCGCUACAGAGUCCGUGUGAUGGGGACAAAACAGAUUGACGCAAGCUAACCUAUUAGUUGAAAUCUCUGUUUUUUUUGUCAUCUACUUUUAGAUGUUUAUAAAUGUCCAUAAAACCAGUAGAUUUGGUUAUGAAGUUUUUCAUUGUCAGCAAAUACAUCUCUGUGACAACUAAGAGCACUCAAUGUUGUUUCAGUGUUCUAAUCUGUGCUUAUUUUUAAUGGUUUAAUUUUUUUACUGCUAGAACUGUCUUAAAAGUAUCAAAUAUUUAUUAGACCGGCCCUGUGGGUCAGAUGGGUAUAGGGCAGGGUCUGUCCUGUCCUGAUGGGUAUCCAACUUUGUUCAGGAGGUAAAGGACGCUAGACAUUAUCCUUCCUAUCCAAUAUCUUCAUAUGUUAUGAUCACAAUUUUUUUUUUUCAUUUACGAAAGACUAUUUUAUUUUAUUUUAAUAUAAAUAAAGUAGUAUUUUAAGCCAAGUUUUAUUAUAUGAAAUGUAAAGUUCUAGCUAUUUUCUAGAUUUAGAAUAGUAUCUGAUUAAAAUGCAGAAAUUAUUGAAAAAAUUACAAGAAAUAAUUUGUCUACUGGAGUUUUUAGUGCAUUUUGACAACCAUUCCAUGUGUACAUGUUGUAUUGAGAGCAAAAUAUCUAAAUAAUAUCAGUCAUGGCUUUGAUUGAAAUAGAGAUUGCUUUACAAUGAGCGCCAUACAUUUUUUUAUAUAUAUUUUCAUCAGUUUAUUCAGAGGUUCUCACUUCAUGCUAGCUCAACCAACCAUCCAGUCAAUAUAUGGAAGUGGGCAUUCUAUGAUUUACAUGCUUUACAAUACUCAAAUCAGCUUUGCAAUGGCCUGUAUCAAUUGUGAAGCAUAGUGAUAACUUUAAUUUUUUAAGUGCUGUGGUAUAUUUUCCAUCUUUAGUGCUUGUUUUUUUUUAAAUGUUGGCUUUGUAAAUGCCCCCUUUUGUUAUCUUUAAUGUUGGCUUUUUUUAUGACUAGCCUCCCUUGUUAAUUUUAAUGUUGACCUUAUGACUAGCCUCCCUUGUUAAUUUUAAUGUUGACCUUGUGGCUAGCCUCCCUUGUUAAUUUUUGCUAUGGAGUAGGUCUGUGGUCUAACUUUAUUGUAGGAGAGCUAUAGAAUGAAUUUUGAAUGUGGCUCUUAUGUUACGAAUUUAAACUUGUUACUAAGAAAAAGUUUGGUAGCAUCAUAUAUUUUGGUAUUCAUAAAUUUCUCAAAAUAUGUUAAAACUUUUAUCGCAGCUCUUUAUAUAUUAAAAAAAUUAUUUUCAAAUUACACUUUAUACCAACAACAAAUUGGUAGAUUUAGUGAAAAUGAUUAAUUUGUUAUUUUAAAAACUUGUGUAAAAGAAUUUGUUUUAAGGAUAACAGGGUGUGAAACAAUUGGACUAUGAUGGGGAUUUGGUUCCGUAUUUGGUCAAGUAAUGAGAUAAGUGAUCGUUUAGUUGUGUUAUUUAUAAUAAGUGUAGAUGGACAAGUUUAGGUUUAAAUUCAGUUUGGAACAAGUACAAGAUUUAAGUCUGGAGUAAGUUUUAGAUUUAAUGAAAUGAAACCACAUCUCUUUUCUUAGUGCCUUAUUGACUAUAACUAUAACCAGACACAGUUUUAUCAGAAGCUUUGAACCACAGCCUACAUUCAUCCUGUUGAGAUUUGAAACAAGUUGUAAUCUGUACUUGAAACUUUAAUCACUACUUUGUUAUGUAUGUACUUUGUUUCAAUUGAUUGCUCAAGUGUUUUUUUUUAUAAAUAAGAUUUUAUUUAUGCUAAAAUAUAUAAACAUUAAGACACUCAAUAGCUUUAUUUUGGGACAAAGCUUAAAAACAAUAAAAAAAUUUAUUUGGGUGUAAUCUGUCAACGCUGUACAAAUGAUUAAGUAAACAUUUAAUUAACUUCUCAUGAAACUAUCAUUUGGAUGCAUAAAAAUAACAUUAUAAGAAGUUGUAUAAUACUUUGCUACAAAACAUAUUUACUUUAAAUUAACGUAAGAUAUUAUUUCAUUUUCUGUUAUAUACAUGUUUUACAUAUAUCUGUGUUCUAAGUUGUGAUCAUUUUUAUUUAUUAUGAAAUCCAAUUUCCAGUAUGAAAAGUUGAAAGAUAUGUUAUUGUUCUCUAUGUAGUGGAAUUAUUUCUUCUUUAAUAUUAUUUUUCUGUAGUUUAAGUCACUAAACUUAUGAAAGGCUACAAAAAAUUCAAUACAAUUACUUAACUUAAAAAUUUUAAAGAAAAUAUUUUAUAAGAAAAAGACAAUUUUUUAAAAUUUCAUGGUUUUUUUAAAAACAUUUCCAGAGGGAAGAGAUGCAAAUUCUAUUCCAUUCCCUAAUUAGCCAAACUUGAUAAAUGUCGAAUAAAGUGGACCAAAUUUGUGUGCAUAGGAAGUUGGUUAUUGUGAUGAUACUUUAUUUAAAUCAAACCAUUUUUGUGCUCUUUCUUGUUGCUUUUCUGUGUAGUCAAGUUAAACUUUAUUUAAAAUGUUAUAAGCUGUAAAUAUUUUAACUUAAUAAGCUUCUGUGUGUGUUUGAUUAACAUUUUUACAGGAAAAGAUUUAUUUACCUAUUCCAAGUUUUUAUUUAUUAAAGUAAAGCUGUUCCAGUAAAUUACUUUGUAUGGUAACAUAUCCAUGUAAACUUCCCUCCCUUUACUGUCUAUCUUCUGGUAUACUGUCAAUGAAUGAUUGAUCUCUUUAGGCUUUAGUGGCCAUGUUUUUAAGUAUUGUCUUUCAUUUUUAAUGAAUUAAAAGAGUAACUGUUCACUUGGAGCUAAUAAUUACUAGACAAAAAUAUAAAUAAAAAAGUCAAAUGUACGUUAUUUUGAAAAUGGUAUGCUUUUUUAAAAACUGACUUUUUAAUAAACAUAAGAUCAAGAUGAAGAGACUUAAAAGUGAACAAAUUUACACCAUCUUUUGUACAAUUUUCAUGCAACUAGCCACAUCCUACACAAGUUUUCUUUUACCUUUUGUGUUUCUUUUUAUAUUGUUUGAAUGCUGACAUCACCAUUACUAUAGACUUCUGUGAACUUUUACAGCAAUAUUUUUUUAAAAGUAUUCAUGACAACUGGAUACAAUUUAGGGGUAUCCAGAAUAUGACAAACUAUGAUGGCCUUUAAACCAGUUUUUUUUUAAUUUGAUUUUUUUUUUAAUUUAACUUAUUUAAAAUGGCAUUAGGGUAUUAAAAAAAUUGCAUUUAAAAUAGAACAAGCAAGUCCAAAGAUGCUAUUAAAUUGCCAAUGCCCUAUAUAAAUACUAACUAGCAAAUGACAAUAUCAAAUGUUUUUUUUCUGUAAUAACUUUUUGAAUGUAUUUUUAUUAUACUGUUCACAUUUGUUGUUGUAUUUUUUGUAUUAACUUCUUUUUCAAAGUGAAUUUUUCGCUUCAAGCUUGCUUUGUUUUUUUAAUAGAUAGUAUGAUUUUAUCAAGUGUAUGAGGUAUGAAACAAAGCUUUGGUUUCCAUUUAUUGUGAUUUAGAUCAACUGAAAGAGAUUAUGGGAAAAGAUACUCAGAUAAGAUGAAUCUUGGAAUACUUUCUAUAGAAGUUGUUUAACAAGUAUUUUACUUUAAUAAAAAUUAUU